AUGUCCUCCCCAACAAGCGUUUCGCAGAACACCGCGUCGGUGCUGAUGGAAGAUGGCCAUGGAAGACGGGACCAUGCCAAAAAACCCAAGCGCGACUAUAAAGGGUUCGUGGCCGGGGUGUUUUCUGGCAUUGCGAAAUUGAGUGCACUGUUGACUAACACAAUAUGGUUGAGUUUGGUAGUCGGCCAUCCAUUCGACACCAUCAAAAUCAGGUUGCAGACAAGCGACAAAGGCCGCUUCAAAGGCCCGCUAGAUUGUGUUUUGCAGACUGUUCGCAAGGAAGGGUUUGGCGGGAUGUACAAGGGAGCAACGCCCCCGCUGGUCGGGUGGAUGGUAAUGGACUCUGUGAUGCUUGGAUCCCUCACUCUCUAUCGCCGUCUGCUUCUCGAAAACGUAUUUUCCAACCCCGAAAUUCGCAAGUCAAUACCAUUUAUUUCAUCUCAAAAAGACCUCCAUACUUUACCGAGCUUUGGUCAUGGUAUUGCAGGUAUAAUGGCUGGAUGCACGGUCAGCUUCAUCGCCGCGCCAGUCGAGCAUGUCAAAGCCAGACUACAAGUCCAAUACGCCGCAGACAAGAAGCAGCGGAUGUACAGUGGUCCUAUUGAUUGUACACACAAAAUUCUCCGAAGUCAUGGUAUCCCCGGACUAUUUCGCGGUCUUUGCGCAACGCUCAUCUUCCGAUCGUUCUUCUUCUUCUGGUGGGGUUCCUACGAUAUCAUAACACGCAUGAUGCAAGAGAAGACCAACCUGUCAGCCCCCGCGAUCAAUUUCUGGGCAGGUGGAAUAUCCGCGCAAGUCUUCUGGAUCACAUCUUAUCCUUCCGAUGUAAUCAAGAAUCGACUGAUGACAGAUCCGCUGGGAGGCUCUCAUGGUGACGGCGAGAGGCGGUUCCGUCGAUGGAAAGAUGCUGCCAUUGCUGUAGGCCGCGAGGGCGGAUGGAGAGGCUAUUGGCGCGGAUUCUUGCCUUCAUUUUUACGCGCGUUUCCAGCUAAUGCUAUGGCUCUGGUGGCUUUUGAAGGCGUUAUGAGAUGGUUGCCAUAG